UUCUUUGCUAGAACUAGCCCUUUCUGCCAAAACAGGUCGCUCAGCAAAAAUGCUGCAAUUUUCACCGAACAAAAAUUAAACUUCAACAAAUCAGAAUCUUUACAAUUUCCACGACGAAAGGAAAUAUUACAAUUUUCAACGAAGAAAAAUCUAUAUAACUUUAACGAGUAAUCAAAAGAGACGUUACAUUUGACGAUCUGUGCAGCCGCGAAUAAGUCGCAACAGAAGCAUACGAAAUAACUAACAGUCAGUUAAACACAAAUCACCCGCGAUAAUGGACAAAAAAUUUAUUUUGUGUUGUGUGUUGCCAAUAACCAUAGGAAUAUUCUAUUUAAGGCAGUGUGAGGCAAAUGAAAUUUCUGAUAUACUAAACAAUCAAGUUUUAACCUCUACAGAAAUUGCACAAAAAGCGGAAUACACAGCUGAAACUUAUGAAGUUGUCACACAGGAUGGGUACAUCCUGCAAAUGGAUAGAGUAGCUGGAUCGAAGAAAAGCUACAUAUUAGCCGACCAAGGAUACGACGUAUGGCUAGCCAAUGUGCGCGGCAACAGAUUCUCGCGGAAACACUUGAACCUGACCACUUCAGACGCAGAAUACUGGAUGUUCAGUUGGAAUGAAAUCGGAAUAUACGACCUGCCAGCGAUGAUUGAUCACAUUAUCGAACAAACAAAGCAGGAGAAGAUCUUUCUAGUAACGCAUAGCCAGGGUGGUACUGCGUUCUUCGUGAUGGCUAGCGAACGACCAGAGUAUCAAGAGAAAGUUAUCGCUGUUUCUGCUUUAGCCCCAGCAGUCUUCAUAUCCAGAAUGGGAACUUCUCUUUUCCGGAUGCUGUGCCUUGUAGCCGAUGACAACUUGAUAUUUAAUUUUUUGGACAUAUACCAGUUUAAGCCAAGCCCAUUUCUACAUACGCUUGGGAAAAUAAUAUGCCAUCUGCAAUCAUUUCUGCUGCCAGUGUGUAAAGGCAUCUUUAACGUAGCUUUUGGCUAUGAUGAAAAUUUAAAUAAGGCAAGUUUCGCAAAUUUGACUAUGGCGUUGCCGGUAACAUGAAAAAAUAUGGCCAGGAACAACCUCCUGAUUAUAAUCUCGGCAAUGUCUCGGUACCAGUGAAUUUGUAUUACGGCAACAAUGAUAUAAUUACCACUCCUCAGGACAUUCAGGAUUUGUAUGAAACAUUACCCAAUGGUCAAAAAUCUUUGAUACAAAUCGACAAUUUCGCGCACCUCGAUUUCCUGUGGGGAAACAAUGUAAACACUAUUGUAUAUGAUAAAAUUCUGAAUUUCAUGAAACAGCAUAGAAAAUAA